AUGAACAGGCCAAGGCAGGUUGACAUGCUUCAUUGCUGGAAGUGCAGAAAAUAUGUAGCUAGUUCUGAUUGCCUCAUGAAAGACCAAACUACAGAUUUAUUUGAUAAACCUCACACUUCAGCUGCCUCUUGGGAUGUCUGUAAUGUAUGGCACAUGAAUUUGGAAGCUCUUCCAGACUGGGUGACACAAGCAAUUACAAAGGCAGAGCGGACAACUGGAAAAUUGAACUGCCCAUUCUGUGGGGCCCAUCUGGGGGGCUUUAACUUUGUCCAUAAUACAAAAUGCUCCUGUGGCCGGUUUACAAAUAUACAUCUCUGGAAGAGGCAAACUGACUGCCAGACAUCUAGUCCAGUUGCACUAAAACACUUGUCACUUUGUAAAGCUCAGCCUGGGUUUAACAUGGAAAUGUGGCAGUGUGUGACAGGUGGAACUUUGGGAGGCAGAAAUCAAGGACUUUCAUCCAUAGCCAAAAAUAACUCCAGCAUUGGAAGAUUAAUGGAGGCACUUUGCCUAGAGGUGAGAUCAACCAGUUUUGAGAUGAACAGUAAAAAAUUACACUUCAAAGUGUCUUAUCCAAGAACAAGUCUUUCAGCUUCACUGGCUGUGAAUGACAGAUGCACUGUAAGAGCUUUUCAUAGAAAAUCACGGAGUUUGGAUCUGAACUUCAGAGAGAAGCUUGUCUUCUUGCCUUCUUUAUUUGGAACUUCCACUACCCAGAGACCUUUUUUCUCCAGGCAACAUGAAACACAGCCCUUUUACACAAAGGGUUGCAUACAAUUAAAGUCCAACAGAAAACAUAAUUAUUUUCACUGCCCGCUUAAAUCGGAUGUUGGUGAGCUUCCAACAAGUUUUCCGGUUACUUCCUACAGUGUAUUGGCCCAAGAAGAGACUAAAUUUAAGAACAGUUUAGAAGCUUCCAAACACUAUCUUGAGAAUGCUACUGGUGACCAGUGUUCAUUCCUGUCUUCACUGGAGAGUGCUGCAAAAGAUUAUGUUGGACAGCAGCACAUUACACCUCUUAGUCUUCUUCACCCCUUGGCAACUGUGGAGCAAAAACUGAACAGAAGAAAAAGAAUCAGAUUAAACAGUUUGAGGAGAAAACAAAGUUGGAAAGAGAGGUGGCGGCAGAAGCAGACCAUGAAUGAUAACCUGAAAACAGAAGAAGAGCAUGAAUACAGAAGAGACAAAGAAAGCUACCUCUGUGCAGUAUGCCUGGAUGUUUAUUAUAAUCCUCACAUGUGCUACCCCUGCCACCAUAUCUUCUGUGAACCUUGCCUGCGCACACUUGCCAAAGAGAACCCAACCAGCGCUCCAUGUCCUCUGUGUCGCUCUAUAAUUGCCCAAGUCUAUUUUCAACCAGAACUGAACAAUGCCACAAAAGCUCGGUUUCCUAUGGAAUAUAUGAAAUUAAAGGAAAUUUUUCAAGAAUCAAGUUUAGCAAACUGGCCUCUGCCCAGCUGCAAAAAAGCAUUGAGAGUUAUUGAAGGCUUUCAGAGGAGCACAGAUUCCUUUACACGAAGGCAUUUCCCUCAUGCUGCACACAGGAUGGAUUAUAUGGACUUUGAGGAUGAUAGCCGAGGAUGGCGGUUUGACAUGGACAUGGUGAUAAUCUACAUUUAUUCUAUCAACUGGGUCAUCGGAUUCAUUGUCUUUUGUUUUCUCUGCUAUUUUUUCUUUCCCUUUUAA